AUGGCAGCCGCAUCCUCCCUCACCUCCUUCCUCUCCUUCCUCCUCCCUGGAAAGCCCCAACCGCAGCCUCCUUCCAUCACGCGCUUUCCGCUUCAGAGCCACAAGCUAUGUGCCCAACACCAUGACCACCACUCACCGGAGCUGUCCUCGCACGUGAUGAACCCGUCUCACGCGCACGCUAACACACUCUUCUUCCGCUCGGCUUACAACGUGCAGGUGGUGGUUGACGAGAACGAACCGGAGGAGAGGCUGCUCAAUCGGUUCCGUAGAGAGGUCAUGAAAGCCGGAGUCAUACAAGAGUGCAAGAGGAGACGCUUCUUUGAGAACAAGCAGGAGGAGAAGAAACGCAAGACCCGCGAAGCUGCCAAGCGUAACAGCAGAAGAAGGCGCCCUCAAUCGAGAUAUCAAGCACAAAACAAGCCGGAUGUUGCAACAACCAAGAAGGUUGAGGAUGAUGAUAAUUGGGAUCUUCCGGAAUAUGAUGUUGACCACUGGAAUGUAUUUAAGUUAUUGAGUGACCAGGGUUUUCUCUCUGAUGAGGUUACUGAAAUCCAUGACCUCGUUGGAACAAGACUAAGGGUUAGAUACAGGGUAUUCAAGCAUGAACUGAAAAAUUUAGUCAUGAAGAAGCAAUGUAGGCGAUGCCAAAAUAUGGUUGUGCUUUUAGAGAAAUAA